GUCAUCACUCUGCGACAGGAAAAAAGAGGAGGAAGCUGUCAAGCCACGUGUCUGGAAGGGAAAGUGCUCCCCAAAUCCAGGCACCUUCCUUGCAAGCCUCUAAGGAACCGGAAAGCGUCAACUAAUUUAUCAUCCACAAGAUUAUCAGAAUGAGUUUUGUUGAAUAUGGAGAUACAAUCAAAGAAGGGGACACAGCUGUGGUCUUCUUGGGCCAUGAGUCCAUGUUUCCGGUGAAGGUGCAAGAUGGUGGUAAAACUCAGACCAAGUAUGGUGUGAUCAGGCACUCGACGGACCUCAUAGGCAAACCAUAUGGCUCCAAGGUGACCUGUAGCAAAGGCGGAUGGGUCUAUAUUCUUCAUCCAACCCCUGAACUGUGGACUCUUAAUCUCCCCCAUCGAACACAAAUUCUGUACUCAACAGAUAUCUCUCUCAUCACCAUGAUGCUCGAGCUGAAGCCAGGAUCCAUUGUGUGUGAAUCAGGUACUGGAAGUGGUUCCCUGUCCCAUGCAAUCAUCAGGACAAUUGCGCCAACAGGGCAUCUGUAUACAGUGGAGUUCCACCAGCAGAGAGCUGAGAAGGCCAUAGAGGAGUUUCGAGAACACAAGGUGGACCACUUGGUGACUGUAAAGAACCAAGAUGUCUGCAAAAAUGGGUUUGGUGUCACCAACGUGGCUGAUGCAGUGUUCCUGGACAUUCCAUCACCAUGGGAAGCUAUCGGCCAUGCCAAAUCAGCUCUAAAGCAUGAAGGUGGACGCAUCUGUUCUUUUUCCCCCUGCAUCGAGCAAGUUCAAAGGACCUGCCUGGCUUUGAAGGAACAUGGUUUUACUGAAAUUAACACUUCAGAGAUCCUGCUCAGGGUAUACAAUGUUAGGACAAUUAGCUUGCAAAUCCCUGACCUUGGGAAAGCAGUCAAGGAGGAUAAUUCUAGUGCAGCAGCGUUUGACAGAGGUAACCAAUCGAAUCAAGAUGCCCCAUGUGCAGCAAGUCCUCAGCCAGGAACCGUGCAAUUUAAAAGCAGUGUACCGCUCAGGGAAAUGGUGGGUCACACUGGAUAUUUGACCUUUGCUACCAAAAGUCUAUUUUAGGUACACACAGAGAGAAGCCUUGUCCCCCCCCCCCCGCCCUUUCGACUGAGCAUCUCAAGCUUUUUUGCUCGCUGGGCAGUUCCAUAUAUAGUCAGAUUGAGUAAGAUUAUGCUUUGUUUAAAUAGCAUGUAGGAGCACUAACCAGAUCAGCCUCAGCGGUACGUUGUCAUUCUGGAACAGCACUUGGCUAGCUGUCAGGUGGGAAGAUGGAUUAGCAGCUAAUAGCUGUGGGCUGGAAUUUGCAAAGUAAAAACUGCUUGCUGAAUUGGGGUGGGGAUGGGUUGAAGUGUUGGGGGGAUGUCAACAAGGUUUCCUUGUGCUUUUUGUAAUUCCUGCAUUGAUAAUUCUCCUCUGAACAAGCUUGCCGUGUGUGUGUGUGUGUGUUUACUAAACUGGAUACCUACAAAUUAGAAAAAUUAUUAUUUUUUAAGAACUGACCAAAUGUUUAAUAAAAAAAAUUGAA